AUCGUUGUAAUUCCACUAAUUUGGGCUGUACUUCCUUCAAGGACACGCAACAAUUCCUAUUCCUAUUAGUGUAUAAAUAAGAGUCACAGUAAAAUCAAACAACAAUUCAAAACACACUACCUCACAGCUCAGUGCAUAUCCACGAUGAAGAAAGCACAAGUUGUGUUUAUCCCUUCUUCCGGUUUGAGCCAUCUAGUUUCCACCCUUGAGUUUGCCAAGCUUUUAAUCAACCGUGAUAACCGUCUCCGAAUAACCGUUUUAGUUAUGAAAUUCCCAAACACCUCUGAAGCUGACGCAUGCAUUGAUUCCCUUCCCAUCUCCGAUUCUCUCCGCAUCAUAAACCUUCCAGAAACUUCUCUUCCUGCAAACACAGAUCGACGUUCCGCAAUGAACGCUCUCCUCGAAGCUCAAAAACCACACGUUAAACAAGCCGUCUCGAACCUCACUGCUGAAGAACAACAACAUGGACCACUUGCUGCCUUCGUCGUUGACAUGUUCUGCACCACCAUGAUUGAUGUUGCUAAAGAAUUUUCUGUCCCUGCGCUCAUCUUCUUCACUUCCGGUGUUGCUUCUCUUGGUCUGAUGCUUCAUCUACACACACUUUUUGAACGAGACAACUUCGAUUCGACUCAGUUAUUGCAGAUGAAUGAGUUAGCAGUUCCAAGUUUCGCCAACUCGGUUCCUAUAAACUCGUUUCCUAGUUUUAUGAUAGAAAAAGAAUGGGAGUCGUUUUUUAAGAGCUAUGUAGAAGGCCUCAAAAAACCAGAUGGCAUUAUAGUAAAUUCAUUUGAAGAGCUUGAAUCACACGCAGUUCGCUCCUUUUUCUCUCAUCCUGAUCUAGCAGCUUUACCUAUAUAUCCAGUUGGGCCUUUAUUAAACCCUGAGCCCAAAACAAAGAACACUGGUGAUUCAGAUGAUAUUAUCAAAUGGCUUGAUAAUCAACCUCUUUCCUCUGUAGUUUUCCUCUGUUUCGGGACUCGGGGUUUUUUCUAUGCAGACCAAAUCCAAGAGAUAGCACAUGCUAUUGAAAAUAGUGGAGUUCGUUUUCUGUGGUCUCUACGUAAACCCUCGCCAAACGGUAUUAUGUCUUUGCCAUCUGAUUAUCCACUUUCAGAUUUGGUUUCUCUGUUACCCGAAGGAUUUUUAGAUCGGACAAGUGAAAUUGGAAAGGUUAUUGGUUGGGCUCCACAGACUCAAAUACUAGCCCACCCUGCCACCGGAGGAUUUGUCUCGCAUUGUGGAUGGAAUUCCACACUUGAAAGCAUAUAUUUUGGUGUGCCGAUUGCGGCAUGGCCUCUUUAUGCGGAACAACAGGUGAAUGCUUUUGAAUUAGUGUGUGAGCUGAAAUUAGGUGUGGAGAUAGCAUUGGACUAUCGGGUGCAAUUCAAUGGUGAGCAUAACUAUGUUGUAACUGCAGAAAAGAUUGAGAGAGGAAUAAAGAGUGUGUUGUCCGAGGAUGGAGAGUUACGAAAGAAAGUGAAAGAAAUGAGUGAAAAGAGUAGAAAGACUUUAUCAGAGAGAGGAUUUUCCUACACUUAUUUAGGUAGUUUGGUUGAUUAUAUUAUGAAUCAAGUAAGAGAUUAAAUUAUCCUAAUACCGGCUUGCUUGAAGAAAUUCAAGUGCUAGCUUGGAAAUGGUUAAAGUCUAAGCUGUAUGGUUUCAACUACUCCUUAAAUCAAUGGAUUUUGAAUCUAUUGGAAUGUUUCUAACUUCUUCGUAUGGGAGUUUUUGUUGACACAAAUACUAUUUUGUAUAUUGCUCUCUUGUUUCUUGAAAUGAGAAUACAACCAAGUCUUUAUAUAGACCCC